AUGGGUGGCGCAGAAACUAUAGAAAGUUAUGACAAAUGGUUUGCACAACACCACCCGAUACCACUGACAAAUCCUGAUAUUCUAGUUCUGAGGAGACAAAAGGAAUUCCUAGGAGAUGAGGAGGAUAAGGAUGACGAGGAUUAUAAGGGAGAGGAGGACGAUGAGGAGGGAGACAGAGAGGAAGAAGAGGAUGAUCAGGAUGACAGAGAGGAGGUCGAUGAGGAGGGAGAUGGAGAGGAGGAGGGGAGCCCCAUACAAGUGGACCAAGCAGAGGACGAGCCAUUACAGGAUAUACCCAUUGAGAAUGAAAGAGCCCAAGUGGAGGAGCUACAGAUAUAA